AUGGAUCCUAUGAGGACUCAUGAAGUGGACUGUCUUAAGUUAGAGAACUUUAACGGUUCUAACUUUAACGCAUGGCGUUGGAAAGUAUUCUUCGGGAUGCAACUCCUGAAAAUAUACUAUGUGGUUUCUGAGGAGAAACAUGACUCUGAAGAAGAUUCUGAAUCUGAAGCCUCUUGGACUAGAGAUUAUCACUUCUGUAGGAGUUAUCUUUUUAACUGUCUGGCCGAUCAUUUGGCAUAUGCUUACACCAACAAGCCUUAUGCAAAGGAAAUCCAGAAUGCUCUGGAGGGCCAGUACAAGGAUAAGGCGAAGCUGUCCAAAUCUUACAUCGUUGACAAGUUUCUGGACUUGAAGUUUGAAGAUGACACUAAGGUUUUGCCUCAAGUUAAAGAGCUUAAAAAGCUUGUUAUGAAACCGAAGGAUGAAAAGAUUAGUAUUUGUCAAACCUUCAUCUCUGGUGAAAUUGUCAACAAACUUCCUCCAUCUUGGAUGUCAUUCUCCACUGAUAUUCGAAGAAGGAAAAGGCAUGUGACUUUGUCUGAUUUGAAGAGGUUCAUUCGGAUCGAGGACGAGAUUCGGACUCGUACAAAGACCGAGUUCCUUACUAAGCAGAAGGCAUCUGCUAACAUGGUGGCUGCUAACUUUAAAAAGGAUAAUAAUUCAUCUUUUAAGAAGAUGAAGUCUUUUAACAGAAAGAAGAAUCAGAAUCCGAAGAACCUGAACACUCAGAAGAAGGAGUUCAAAAAGAGCGGUAAACGUUUCAACUGUGGGAAGCAAUGA